AUGAAAAAAUCUAAUAAAAAUAUUGUCAACAUGUUGCCUUUGCCGUUUUCGAUAUUGUCGUCACAUCGUAUACCGAAAAUUACCGGAAGCAAUCGAAGAAUGGUGAAAUGUGAACGAUUUUUCUGCGAUAAUUUUAUGUUGUGUAAAGAAAUCAAGAGAUUGUCGCAGAUAAAUAGUUUAGAAAGCUUUUCAUUGUCUGAAGCUCAUGAAAAUCCUUGA